GACCAGUCCCGUACCAGUUCUCUGCUGCUGUACUCGUACUCAAUGUGACUUCGACCCGACAAUAAGCGAGGGAGCGUUGCGGUCACUGCUACCCCUGUCCCUGGGACAAGGACUCGUACUAGGAUGACUCCGAUCCUGUCACCCUCUGUUGAAGAUUUGAAGUUGAAGGAGAAAGUUGAGAACCAGGAACGUGAAAUUGAACUGUUGAGAGAAUGGCGGUUACGUGAGCUGAACGGACGAAGGGAGGCGGAGCAGGAUGUUGAUCGUUUGAAGGAAAAGAUGGUUCGGUUGGAAGUUGGGAGACGCACACCGACUGCUUCUAACCUCAAGGCACGCUUGGACAAGGUGGCUGUGGCGACUGCGGAUCAAGGGAAGAGGCUGGUGAGUCCUGCUACGCAGGCGGUGGAGGCUAAUGAUCGGGAAGCCUUUAUGCUUGAAACGAGACAUACCUUGGGGGGUGAAGUUGGGUGGUUUCCUUCUUUGUUUGACUCCGAUUCCAGGGCGCGGAUUCGGCGCGGCGCGGAGGUUGACCAAAAUGAGUCAACAUCCGUUGCCGCGUCGCAUCGUCUUCCGACAGCGGCGGUUAGAGAUUGGCCGACGCCCCGCACACUGACUGAGUUGCGAUUGUUCCUAAGUCUGGCUAACUACUAUAGGAAGUUUGUGAGGAACUUCUCGACUAUCGCCGCCCCCCUUCGCAGGUUGCUCAAGAAAGAGGCAAUCUGGCAAUGGGAUAAGGACUGUAUGUCUGCGCUAAAGAAGUUGAAGCGCGCGUUGAUAGAGUACCCUGUCCUCAAAGUACCAGAUCCAUCUUUGCCAUUUGUCGUCACCACGGACGCGAGUCAGUAUGGAAUGGGCGUCGUGUUACAGCAGGACAACGAGAAUGGUUACAGACCCAUAGAGUCUAUGCCAUCAAGGAUGCCCUCAGAGAAGGUCGCUACCUCGACAUAUGAGAGGGAACUCUACGCUCUCAGGCAGGCCUUAGAGCACUCGAAGCAUUACCUGCUUGGGAGGAACUUCAAGGUGUAUUCAGACCAUGAGACACUUCCGUGGCUGAAGACACAGGCCGUUGAGAUAGACCGGUACGACUUUGAGCUCAAGCCUGUUAAAGGCAAGUACAAUGUAGUUGCGGAUGCUCUAAAUGUCUUGUCCAUUGUUCUCUUAUUACGGACGACACAUCCACUCUUCGUCUCAUCAUCUGAUAUACUGCCUUCACCGUUAGAGUUUGUAGAGGAUGAGAUUGGCCCACUGAAGGAAGGAAUGGGGUUCCUCGUUUGCGUGUUGGCGGUUAGCUCAUUCGGUGUACCACCAACGAGCCUGGUGUUGGCAAUAGGGAGCCAGUGUGUGAUAGGGACGUUGUGGAGGGAGAAGGCAUCGUAUGGUUUGUUGAGAAAGACGAAGACGUCCUCUUGGGGAAGGCCGGUGAAGGGGGGAUAUCCGUUGACCGGAAGGUUGGGGGAAUGUUACCCGUUAAGGGUGUUGUGGUGGAUGGGGGGAGGUGGCGGGGGGGGGGAUGUGGUGGUGACGAUCUGGAUGGCAAGGGUGCGACUUUCAAUGGUGGUCACGCGAGCAGAGAUGGCGGAAAUGGAUGUUUUGAUGUUGUCCAUGGAUGACUGGAGAGAUGUCAUCAUGUGGAAAAGACCCGUGAGGACGAUGGCGACAUCGGGUGCUGGUGUUUGCUCGCCUGCGAGGUUGUGGGCGGUGCUGUCGACGAAGUCGGAGUGGAUGCCGGACAUAUCAAUGCUGGAUGAUUGGGCCAUGGUGGGGGAGGAAGCGGUGGUAGGGGUGAUCUGGGUAUGGGUGGAAGUGAUAGUGGAUGAAGUCAUGAGGGGUUUUGACUGGGAGGGAAUGGUUGAUGAUUGCGUGACGGCGGGGGUUGUCGUCUUGGUGACCAAGGUGGGGGUAGUGGUGGAUGAAGGCGGGGGUGUGGAUGCCGUGCUAGCGGAGAGGGCGGUGGACGUGGGGAUCUGGGUGAUUGGUGUAGAUGUGGAGGCGGAGGAUGGGGGAAGUGAGGUGGCACCCAAGGAAGUCAUGAAGUACGAGGCUAAGCUUUUCCGGAUGGCAUAUAUUAUGGAUCGUAAGUCGGAAAGCUCGGAGAUGUUUCUGGGUCACCUGAGCUUCUAUCGCGAGUUUUACUUGGAGGUGAAGGCUGCCAAAGGCCGAGAAGAGUUGCACGAGAAAGAAUUGCUUUCGAAAAUGGAAAUGCAGAAAGAGAAACUGGCUGAGAAAGAGCGUGAGUUGUCGCAACUGAAAAAGGACGGUGAGAAGAAGGCACGUGAAACCUGGGUCGAGUUGGAGGUUACACGGAAGGCAAGGGAUGCUUUACAAGGGAGGGUCAAGGAAUUGAAAAACGAGCUGGCCACAGUCAGCGAGAACAUGAGAGUGGCAGAGGAGACAGCUCGUAAGAACAGGGAAGACUUGAAACGAUUCGCAAUGCAAGCUGUUCGAGAGACCGAUCAUCGGGAAAAGGAGGCUACUGAGAGGGAGGUUUCACUUAGAAGGCUGAUGCAGGUGGAGAUUGCCGAACAGGAGAAGCACUGGAAAGCUAAGUUCAACGAAAAGGUCAGAGCUCUUCAGAGUCGACUUGGAAAAUUUCAGAAGGAGAACAAAUUCCUUCAUGACCAGAUCAAGGCUCUUCAAAGAAGACUGGGAACGUCUCAGAGGGAGGUAAAGCUUUUGAACGAACAGGUGAGCUCAGAGGAGGGGGGGGCUGGGAAUGGGCCGGAUGGCGACUGUGCGGACAGCUUGGACAUCUUGGAGGGAGAGGACUCCAAUGGUGCCCAAGCCCUUCAAAAUGUGCCUUCUGUUCAAUUGCACAAUGCUGCAGAUAGGAAAUGGAAACGUGUCUCUGCACUUAAAGCUACCAUGGAUGAACUUCUGCAACGUGCUGAACAUGGACUCACACCGACGCAGAUUCUUAAUAACUUUGCAAGAGCAUUACCCGAUCCACUCCAUACUCAACUAUAUCCCCGUACCAAAGAAGAGGGGAUGACUUAUGAGAAGUUCAGCAAGAUCGCAUUAGAUCAUGCUGGUUUCUUGGCCGAAGCCAAUUACUGCCAUUACUGGAAAGAUCUACAAGCGGGAAAGAAGUGGCAGAACCGCACCAUCUCAGGAAGUAUUCCUGGGAAAGACAACAUUCUUCUGACCUUUGAAGAAGGAGGUGUCGAAACUCUUUCCUACGACCAAAUAGACUAUGGUCUGGAAGGGGAUGCACAUAGCGGACCGGUAGUUCAGGAGGGGGACUACACGGCCGUUGUAGCCCGCAGGGGAGGGCGACAAGGAAGAGGUCGUACACGUGGAAGAGGAGGCCGCGGACGUGGAGGAAAAGGACCCGGAACUAGAGGGGUGGUGGCGAAGGUAGCUGCUAUGUGGGAGGAAGGGGCAAUGGUCCCUCGCAAGGUGGCCAAGGUUUCAACUCCACUUGGGGAAGAGGCACUUGGUAUAAUAACUGGGAUAAGCCAUAACCGCCCCAUCCAGGUCAUAAGUAGCAGUGGAGGAGAUGGAGGAGAUGGAAAAGGGGAUGGUCCCUCGCUAAAGAAAAAGGAGAGGAUGGAAAAGAGAGAGUUGAUUAAGCAGGCGAAGAUGCUAGCCUUGCUAGAAGAACAGGAGGCGAAGCAGAAACAUAUGGAGGAAGAACUAGCAAGAUGGAAGGAGCAGGAGGAGAAGCUGGCAGCAGUUGAGGCAGAAGCAGAAGAAGAAGUAGAAGAAGAGGGAGAGGUUGAAGAAGAAGAGCCGCUAGAGAGGAGGGUUGAGGUUUUGGAGUUGACAUUGGAAAUGCAAAAGCUUGAUUCUGAGAAGGCGCAGCUGCAAGCACAG